CUUGCAGAUACUUGAUAUCUUUCUUUUUAUUCAAAGUUAAAGACGUACGCUUUAAAUAAGUUCGAGUGUUGAAAAAUGGUUUUAAUAAUAUAUUUUUCUCUACUUUUUUUAGUGGUGAGGAAGAAAAAAUCUCACUUCUCGUUUGGUUCAAUAUAGCACCACAUCAUUUCGAAACUAAAUGGAAUCAAAUCAAGAACGUUGUCAUGAAUUUGACUUUUUUAAAGGUGCAAUACAAGUGAUUUUGGACACAUAUCCACGCGAUAAUAGAAGACGACAUUUUUCAAAUGCUUAUUACAACCGAAAACUUUCAAAUGGUGAGGUUAUUUCACGACGUUGGCUUGUGUACUCAGUUUCUAAAGAUGCGGUAUUUUGUUUUUGCUGCAAACUUUUGGAUUUCAACAUGAAUUUAAAGUUAAACGGAAAUGGAUUUUAUAAAUGGAAGAAUUUAACAGAAGCAUUAAAAAUUCACGAAAAUAGUAAGUCACACAGAAUUGCUUAUCAACUAUGGAUUGAGACAGAAAUACGAAUGAAAGUUGGUGAAACUAUUGAUAAACAAGAACAAAAACUAAUCGAAAAGGACAGUUUAAGGUGGCGAAGUGUUUUUGAACGAUUGAUAAACAUUACUUUAUAGAUAAAUUGUAUGCAGUUAAUAGCGGCAAAUUUUUAGGAUUGGUACAAUUACUCGCUAAAUUUGAUCCUAUCAUGUUAAACCACGUCACGCUAGCUCUUAAAGGAGAUAUUUCUGAUCAAUACUGUGGAAAAACCAUUCAAAAUGAAAUGAUAGAUAUAAUUGCAUCAAAAGUAACCAACAUAAUUAUAUCCAAAGCUCUAAAAAGAACAUAUUAUUCUAUUAUUGCUGACUGCACUCCUGAC